GCAGUGUUAUCACCUUCUGACAACUUUAAAUAGCUUUAUAAUUGUAAAGCUGGUCAUUUAGAUUUCAGGUCAGUCCACUCAAUAUUUGUUGUGAUUUGUCCUAGGAAUUUAUUUGUGAUUUGAUUCAAAAUAUAUUGAGUUGGAAUGAUCCAGGAAAAUAUGGUUAAAUGUCCUGUGUGAAUACUUUGGACAGGAGAUGGAGGAUGUGAAUGCAAAGAAUGCAAUAGAAGGUUAACACUAUGGAGGUGGAGGAGGCCACAUUUGAUGUUUUCUCCACAUCUCGUUCUCGUUUGCUUCCUAUCGAUGUGGGAAACGCUGCCUUGUUUAGUUCCCACAGUAUGGGGAUGUUGCAGUGGGGCAGUCUGGAGGAUUUUCAAGCCUUCAACAAGAAAUGGGAAAGUGUGGAUGACAUGAGACAGAUUGCUUCUGACUACAGUGCUCCCUCCUCUCAUCUGGGGAGUGCAGAUAGGUUACAGUUACUUGACAGUGGUAACACAGUGCUGGAUAAUGUCCAUCAUGAGACCUACAGUCAAAGUGGGACCCUGCCCAUCUGGUCGAUGGAUGAUGUUUAUGAAACCGUGUUUGAGGUCAUGGUGGACAUGAGGCUUGGGGAAAAGAGAUUUGGGUUCUCAGUCAUGGGUGGACUGGAUGAGGGCUUUCCUCCAAGGAUUGAUGACAUUGCACCAGGAUCCCCAGCAGAUAGAGCUGACUUGGAAAUCUGGGAUGAAAUUUUAGAGGUGAAUGGAAGAUCUCUGGAAAGUUGCACCCAUGCUGAAGUCAUCACAUUCAUACAUAAGUGUAUCAGAACAAGGUGUAUAAAGUUACGGGUCAAAAGAAGGAAAAACAACAAAUCAGGAGGUUCAUCCUUUGAAAAUGUCCAGGAUGCUUACAUGAUAGCCGUUGAAGAUGCUGCCAAAGAGAGGCUGGAGAAACUGUCCCAAACUCACACGAUUGUUCCUCUUGAUAUGACUAAACUGGCCCUAGGCAAUCAAAAUACAGCAUCAGAAGAAAGUCUGGUUGACAGUAAUCCUAUCUAUCAGUCCUCCAUGCCUGUAAAUACCAAAGGCAAACCAGUGGGAAAUGGUCACUUACAGCAAGUGGAGAUGAACGGUUUCAGUGAAAAAGAAAUGACAAAGAAAGGUAAAGGUGACAAGGGUCGUAAAGACAGCAAGGCCAAAAGGAAUAGCACAACUGAGACUCCUCUCAUAGAGAACGCUCGGAGUCAGAACUCACUGAAUCAUUCACAGGAGGAAUUACAUUACUAUCAUGAACAGGACGACAGCUUCAAUCAUCCUUAUAUUGAGAACUAUCCCUAUGAUAACUCAUUUGAGGUGGAUGACCCUGGUCCACACAGGGAGAUGGCCAUUGACUGUCCUGAUGGUUUUCAGGCAACAGUCAAGUCCCAUCCCAGACCCCCUGCCUCCCAUUCCCCAUACUCUCACCCCUCCACACCGAACAAGUCAAUAGAAAAACUACCAGAUGGUAAGUCACAAACAGAAGUGAUAUCUAAUGGACAGCAGAAUGCUCCUGUGUCUCCUGAUCAGUUGGAACGGUUACGGAAACAUCAGGAGGAUUUAAGGAAACGGCGAGAGGAGGAAAGUCGUAUCGCCAGGGAGCAGGAAUUUCUACGCACAUCAUUACGAGGCUCAAAGAAAUUACAGGCUUUGGAGAGCAAAGGUCAGAAUGUUGAGGGCGUGGUUAACACAGCUUUUGAGGAAAAUGAUGAUGAAAUGGACAACUUGGAUGAUGGCUUUGGAAGCACCAGGGCUUCAGAGAAGGACAGAUACAUGAAAAAGAAUUUAGGAACACAAGAUAUUACCUCAUGUCUGAAUAAGCUACGUGGUAAACUGAAUGCUGCAGAGGAAAGAGAUGAGUUGUCUUUCUUGACCAGUCUCUUCCAAAAUCCACAGUUCCAACAAGCAGUCAAUAUCCAUAGGAAACUGGUCAGUGUCACCACAUUGUCUCCUCCCCCAAAACCUGAGGCCACGGAUGCGUAUCAGACUUCCAGUGAGGUCAUGGAGGAGCUGCAAAAUGCCCAGUCUCCAUAUUCCUUAGAUCUGUUAGAAAUGCUUUCCUCUCCGGGCUUCAGAAAUCUUUUUCGAGCACAUGAUUUAGUGGCAGCACAACAGCUGAAGCCUGUGACAAAUCUCCCAGAUGAAGCUUUCGAGCAAUAUCCUAUGCAAACCUAUGGCGAGGACAGUGUCAGAAUCGUUGAACUUCAGAAGACCAAUGAACCUCUGGGUGCUACUGUUCGCAAUGAUGGAGAUGCUGUUAUCAUUGGAAGGAUUGUUAAAGGUGGAACAGCAGAGAAAAGUGGUCUACUGCAUGAGGGAGAUGAAGUCCUAGAAGUAAAUGGAAUAGAUAUGAGAGGGAAAAAUAUCAAUGAUGUGUCUGACUUACUGGCCAAUAUGAGUGGGACUAUAACAUUCAUGAUCAUUCCAGCUGGAAGCAGCUAUACCCCUAAGCCUUCACCUCGCCAACAGGAUGAAAUGAUCCAUGUAAAAGCUCUUUUCAAUUAUGACCCAGAAGAAGAUAUAUACAUUCCCUGUAGAGAGCUUGGAAUAUCCUUCAUGAAGGGAGACAUUCUUCACGUGAUCAGCACAGAGGAUGCCAACUGGUGGCAGGCUUAUCGGGAGGGGGAGCAGGAACACCAGUCACUGGCAGGACUCAUUCCAAGUCGCACAUUCCAGGAGCAGAGGGAACGCAAUAAAGUAAUGUUAGAAAAUGAGGCCAAGGAAAACAAGAAGAAAAGUCAAACAUGUUCUUGUGGGCAGAGGAACAAGAAAAGGAAACGUAAAUCUGUUUAUGAAACGGAGGAAAUCUUAACAUAUGAGGAAGUGGAGCUGUACUACCCACAACCCAACAGAAAGAGGCCAAUUGUAUUGAUUGGUCCUCCAAAUGUAGGUCGUCAUGAAUUGAGGUCAAGGUUGAUGGAAUCUGAUAUUGACAGAUUUGCAGCCGCAGUUCCUCAUACAAGUCGUCCUGCUCGAAGUGAAGAAGUGAAUGGAAAGGACUAUCAUUUUGUCACAAGAGCAGAGUUUGAAGCAGACAUUGUCAGCAGUAAGUUCGUGGAACAUGGAGAACAUGAGAAGAACUUGUAUGGGACAAGUCUAGACGCUGUCCGUCAAGUUAUCAAUACAGGGAAGAUCUGCAUUCUCAACCUUCACCCAGAGUCUUUACAGGUUCUCAAAUCAUCAGAUUUAAAACCUUAUAUCGUAUUUGUGUAUCCACCUAACAUGGAGAAACUUCGCCAAAUGCAGAAAACUUUCUACCCAGACAACAACGUAUCGGAUGAUAUGUUGAAAGAUGUCAUUGAACGUGCUCGAGAGAUGGAGGAAAAAUAUGGACAUUUCUUUGAUUAUAUUCUUGUCAACCAGGAUAUGGACCGUGCUUACAGUGAACUGUUGAGCGAAGUUAAUCGACUGGAAGUGGAACCGCAGUGGGUUCCGCUUCAGUGGGUGGACAGCUAGUAACUGAAAUUGGAACUUAAAUCGGUUGUUUCAUUUGGUGGCCAGUUUAUGACACAGGACAUGGAUGGCUUGUUGUGAGAGCAAUUUGUGAUAAGGAUAUAAGAGCAUGGAAUUUCUGAGACAAAAAAGGGGGUCUGUGUUUUACAGAAACAACCGCUAGUCUUUUUUUUUUCCUCUUCACAUCCUAGAAUUAUCACAGAGUAUCCUCAAUGUAUGCAUGAUCAAAGAUCAUAUUCACAUAGAUUGUCAUAUCAAUUUAUUUUAAUCAUAGGUGUGACAGCAAAAUUAGAUUAAAAGAGUACUGUCAGGACCAGAACUUUGUGAUAUUCUAGAAAAUGUUAAUAUCCAUAGAUUCAUAAUUAAACAGUUCCAGAAUAUUAAGAUUUGUACUUAAAAUCAUUGUCAUCUUAAUCAAAGAGAGAAAUUAUUCAACAUGUUUACCGGUAUUUGCAAUAUUCCACUUUAUGUGACAUUCCACAGAAUUGUAUGGCAUGUCAUCAUUUGAAUCAUUCCCUUGUUUCUGAACAUUCAGUGCUGCACAGCAUCAACCUUCAAACCCCAGCUUUCAACAAAUUUAUUCAGAUGUAUAUUCUUGCAAAAUGUGGAGACUGAUUAUGUGGCCUCUCAAUGAGAUUUUUGGAGUAAAUUUUCCAUAAUUCACAUUGAGAUUCCAUUGAACUUGAUUUCAACCGAAAACAUAUUAUAUUUAACAUAGGAAGAUGAACUUGCAGUCAAACUAAUUUCAAAUGAAAACGUCUUGUAAUUUUAUUGAUGAAAUAUAAUAUGAUUAAGUACAUGUACACCUACCAACAUGCCAUGUGAAGUUGAGACAUUUAAUGUCUGAUUAUUACGAUCUAUCAUUAAUAAACUGAUUGUUUAAAAGAUUUAAUAGAAUCUGUAACAUUUUCUCAUUAAUCAGGCCAUUUUUACAUAUAAAAAUAAAUUCUAUCACCAGUCAGCUGGUAAGACAGUUUAAACAAACUAUCGCUGUAUGAUACAACAUGAUGUCCCUGUGUACAGUAGAGCAGGACUUAUCUUAACAGUACUCUGCUGUAGGCAUUGUUCAAAGGGAUAAACAUAUCUCAACAGUUUUCAAUAAUUUUAGAGGGGGAGGGAGAUGUGAGAAUGAAAGGUGUGUAUAGCUGCAUACUGUGAGAUUGUAAUUGUGUAAUAGUAGAUUGGGAGGUAGACUUCAAAACCUUGAUCUUCAUGAUGGAAUAGGGAGAGUUUUAACAUGUCUAGUGGAGAAAAAAGAUGUGAAGAUGUAUUUUUGACAAAAUAGUGAUAAGUAUAUGUUAAGCCAGAUACAUGUCUGAACAUCUGCAUGCAAAAUGUGUAAUUUUUGCAUGACCACAAACUACUCUGUGCCAAGUUUCAGUUUUCUCUGUGUAGUCUUCCAAUAGUCAGCAUUAUUUCUUGCUUAUGGACACGUGGAAGAAGAAUAGCCACCAUUCUUAUGCAGCAUGCAUCAGCUUCAGUGAUCAAAACCAUGUGUUUUAUGAAAGGAAAAUAAUUUUCCACAUUGUUUUAUAGUGUAAGGUCAUAUGUGACGUUUUUGACAUUUUUUCUAAAAUAAUAUUUUCAUCUCUACAUGAAGAGUUCUUGAUGAUUUCCGAAAUAGUUUUAAAUUUUAUAUUGUAGUAAUAUUACCGUAUUUCCUAUAUCAGCCUGGUUAACUUAUUGGCUAGAUCUGCAAGGACCCCGUCCUAGGUUCGAUUCCCUAUUGAUCCAAAGAUUUUUCUUUGCUACAAUAACUUAGUAAUGUCCAUGUAUUCAACCAAUGAGCUGACUUUACAUUUUUACUUGCCACAACCAGGAACUAUCAAAAUAUGCUAACUCUAAAACAAAUCCAAAGUUUUUCUCUAGAAACAAGAUAGGAUGGAGGUGAAUUGCACCAGAAAUGUCACAAAAAAUUAUAUAUUGAGUAACGUCAUGUGUAUCCUUAAGAGCAGGUUGAUGAGAAAUCUUAUGUAAAUUUUGAGUCAAUAUUACAUAUCACACCAUCAUUUAACUACAUUUAUAUAGUUAUCCAACAAAAUUUAAUCCAGUUUAACAACAUUAAUAUUGAAUUACAAUAUUUUGAGUUAAUGCUUAUGCAUGUAUGUACAACUGUAUCAACAAUGUAUAUUUAUGCUUCAAGUCUUUUCAAAAGUAUUUAUGUUAGAAAAUCAAAAGGAUGUCUCAGUUCAUGCAUGUAUAUUUAAGAUGAUGUGUAUAAACUCAGUUGUAAUUUGACAUACAGAAUUGUAAACACAAGGAUUGAAACAUAUGCAUGUAUAUAACAUAUAUGAUGGGAAAACAGGCAUUCAUGUAUAACUCCCUUGGUUGUGUGUCUGAAGAAGUACCAUGUUGUUAUGACCGAAAGUUAAAAAAAAUUUCUUUCUUCUUUAAUUUCUAACGGCAAACAAAAUAUUUCUUUCUUUACUUUUCAAUUUUAUGACAGUGAUUUCUCUAGCAAAUUUCAACAUUGUUCUAAUAUUUAGACUGAUACCUCAAUGAUUCAGCUGCAAAGAAAUGCUAUUCAAUAUUAAUACUGUACAAUGGUGCUAUAUAUAGAUUUAUAAAUGUGAAACCAAGAGGGCAGGUAAACAGACCCUCCUGUAAUCAUUAUGUAUAAUCAUUUUGUAUAUAUUAAAUAUUUACUCCAUGUAUAUGUAAAUGUGUAUCUUCUCAAAAGAAUAUUUUUACCUGAUAUUAAAGAUGAAUGUGAUAUUCAA